AUGAAGGACAUUGCUGAGUGUGUCUCGCAAGUUUUGCCCUCAUAUGAACAGUAUCCAAACUGGUCAACAGCUGAAGUCAGCACUGGGACCACAUUGGUUGCAUGCGAAUAUAGCGGAGGCGUUGUGAUCGGAGCUGACUCUCGCACAUCUUCGGGGGCGUACGUAGCGAAUCGGAUAACAGACAAGCUCACUCCUCUUACAAAGUACAUUUUUUGCUGCCGUUCGGGUUCUGCAGCGGACACACAGGCCAUAACUGAUGUUGUAAAAUAUCAGCUCGAAUUUCAUUCUAUCCAAAUGGGUCGUGAGCCUACUGUAGCAGAAGCUGCUACUACCGUUCAAAACUUGUGCUACAACUAUCGUGACAGUCUUCUUGCCGGAAUAUUUGUUGCUGGUUGGGAUGCUGAAAGUGGCGGUCAGAUUUAUUCGAUCCCAGUUGGAGGCAUGCUUAUCAAACAACCGGCAGUGAUUGGUGGUAGUGGAAGUACUUAUCUGUAUGGUUUCUUCGAUGCACAAUUUAGGCCAAAUAUGACGAAAGAAGAAGCAGUGGAACUUGUCAGCACAUGUGUGGGCCUUGCAAUAAAUAGGGAUGGGUCGAGCGGUGGUUGCAUCCGGCUUGGUGUUAUCUCUCGUGAUGGUGUUGAGCGCAGACUGAUCAAAGGUGAUGAAAUCCCCAUGUACUCAUACAAAGCGUAA